AUGAAUAAUCAAUCGACUGAAGAACUUACGGGUGAUAACUAUACGCUUCCGAUUGAAAAUACCACGACAACUCAUCAACAGCAUUAUAGGAGCGGUGUUGCAGUUGGUGAUAACGGUAAUGAUGAUGACGAUAAUGGGGAGAUCGAUUUUGAAGACAAUGCGCCCGAUUCUGUGGACAAAUUACUGUCAGAUACAACAACGAAUAAAAUCCCAUUAAAUUCAAGUAGUCCAACUCGUGAUAAUAAUGGUAAUAAUGAUAAUUUAAACAAUGAAGCAUAUACUACAACUAAUCACAUAGAUGAGAAUGACUUAAUCUUUUUAACAACAACGACAACAACAUCGUCAAUGUCUCCACCAUUGGAACUGUUGCCGCCUCCACUACCAUCUCAACUCUCGUUAACAAUGUUACCAACUAAAGACACUACAUUAUGGUCGACCACUGCUACUAAUACUACUGCAAAAGAAACCCAUUUACAAAAUUCAUCACCAUUGGAUAUUACCUCGGCAUCAUUAAGCACUUGUAAUUUCGUUGUUUAUGAUGAUGAUGAUGAUGGUGGUGGUGGUGGUGGUGGGGAAAGUGAAGGUGUAGGUAGGGCUGUUGACAAUGCCGAUGAAGAAGGUGAUAAUGAUGAUGAUGAUUGUUGCAACUACCAAUCAUUUGAAGAUUUGAAGUCAAUUUCAAAAGAGGAAGAUAUUUUAAACGCCACAAUUAACAGAAUAGAUACAGUUAAUGAAACUACUGAACAUGACAGUCAUGACAACAACAACAAAGUCAAUACCAACGACGACGAUAACAGAAGAACUCAUAAUGAAAUGAAUAGAAUUUUAAAUCAUUUGGAAAUGUUAUCAAUAAAUUCAGAAAAACAAAGUAAACAAUUCGAAUACAUUUUAGACCAGUUAAAUGAAACAAAAUUGAAACUUGAACGGCUUGAACAAACACAAUUCGAUAUCAUUGAACAAAUAAACAAUAUUAAUUACCAAGGAUCACUAAUGCCACCGACACAACCAUCCAACAUUGUCACAAUGACCGAAUCUAAUGUGAAUUUAGAACAUUGGGAAAUUAAAUCUAUUGAAUUAUCUAAUCAGAUAAUUUCACAAU